GGCGAAGGUUUCUCUCACUCGAACUGCCGGGCGUUUUAUGCAAGAGAGAAACUUUUUUCGCUGAAAUAAAGUCAUCCGUCACAAAAUGUCAUCUGAGGGCUUGGCCAACGAGCUAUUGUCAGACUUGAUGCCGACUGUUCAGGAAAUGAGUCGGUCCAUGCAAAACUUUGGGCUUCCCGACUACGCGAUAUUCAUUUUGAUGCUGGUCUCAUGCGGUGCCGUUGGGGUCUAUUUCGGAUUCAUCAAAAAGUCAUCGGGCGAAGACGAGUACCUUGUUGGGGGGAGGAAUAUGAGCACAUUUCCGGUCAGCCUCAGCCUGAUAGCCAGUUUCAUUUCCGGCAUUUCACUCCUCGGGACCCCCACCGAGGUCUACGUUUACGGUGUUACGUACCUCUUCGUUGGGGGCGGCGUCGUCCUCAUGGGUAUCGUAAUGACCACCGUUUACCUCCCAGUUUUUCACGACCUUAAACUAACCAGCACGUACGAGUACCUUGAGAGACGUUUCGACAAGAAGACUAGACUCUUUGGGUCGGUUUUAUUCACUAUUGGAAUCAUAACCUGGCUGCCCAUAGUCAUCUACGUUCCAGCACUGGCUUUCAAUCAAGUUACUGGGAUAAACGUUCACGUCAUUACACCCUUUGUGUGUAUCGUCUGCAUCUUUUACACAUGCGUGGGUGGUCUCAAAGCCGUUGUUUGGACAGACGUCAUUCAGACCGUCGUUAUGUUUGGCGCAAUACUGCUGGUCAUCAUCAAGGGUACCCUAAAUCUGGGCGGCAUGGAAGUGGUAAUUCAGAGGAACUUGGAGUCCGGAAGACUCGAGUUACCAGACCCGGACUGGAACCCCCUGACUAGACACACGAUUUGGGCAUUGAUUUUUGGCGGCUUUGGUCACUGGCUUCAGACGUCCGCUGUAAAUCAGAACAUGAUCCAGCGUUAUCUCUCGCUGCCAACGCUCGUCGCAGCAAAACGGGCUGUCUGGAUCUUCAUCUUCGGCGCCCUUAGUCUAGUAGGCGCCUGCGGCUACGCCGGCAUGCUCAUCUACGCCACUUACCACGAAUGCGAUCCUCUCACAACAAAGCUUGCUCGAGCCAAGGAUCAGCUGCUCCCUUUAUUGGUGAUGGAUAUCCUCGGCGAUUAUCCCGGACUACCUGGCUUAUUUGUCGCUGGAGUAUUCAGCGCUGCUCUCAGCUCACUAUCGACGGGUCUGAAUUCGAUGGCAGCCGUGGUGAUAGAGGAUUUCAUAAAACCAUUUCGAAAGAAUGCGUUCAGUCCUAGAGUCGCUGACCUUCUGAUGAAACUGACCGUUGUUACUCUCGGAACUCUUUGUGCCGGACUUGUGUUCGUCGUUGAAAGAAUGGGCACCCACGUUCUUCAGUUGUCCAUGAGCCUGGGCUCGAUCACCAACGGACCUUCCCUGGGAAUCUUCACAAUGGGUAUCCUCUUUCCGUGGGUAAAUUCAAUGGGAGCUUUGAUCGGCGGUGCUUCUGGUCUGGGUGUAAUGGCGUGGCUGAGCAUCACGGCACAAGCAGCCAUUUCGUCCGGUCAUUUGAGGUUCGAUGAGAAGCCCGUAAGCACGGAGGGCUGCACCUACACCUUCCCGAAAGUGGAGAACCUGCUUUUGUUCUCACCUCCAAACGCCGUCUUGAAUGGAACAGACGAAGUCAUUGUCUCAGAGCCAUGGGCGCUGUAUCGUCUGAGUUACCUUUGGUACACAUUGGCGGGUGCGCUCGUCUCGAUGAGCGUCGGAUUGCUGGUCAGUAUCGUGUCUUCUCAAGACACAAAGAAGCUGGACCCGUUGCUAGUCGCUCCGUUCGUCAGGGGAUACCUGAAAGCUCGUACGCAAAACGAUGAUGAGGAAAAUAUGCAGCGCAUGAUUAGCACUAAUCAGUCAGCUGACGAGGCGCCGGCAAAACAUUGACGUUAUAUUGCAGAUGGUACAGUACCGUAAUUAUUGCUACAACUACGUUGCUCGUGGUUUGCAGUAAAAUUUUUUAAUAUUGCAAUGGUACUCCAAGAUAGCUCUAUGUUUCGCUCAAAUCGGCAAUAUUUACUGUGAGACAGGUUGAGCUUAAAUAUUUUCACAGGUGCUGCAAUAAUAUUUUAUUUCGAUAAUUUAAGGAGUAAACUCGUUUAACACUAGUUUGUGUUUCUCAGUACGUGGGGACAAUGGAUGAGUCUUGAUGAGAGCCUAUCUAUAUUUUUUAUUUACGAUCCACUGAUUGUUGGGUCGUAAAGUUAUAUAUGAACUCUAGACAUCUGUAGAAUCCAGACAAUGCCAGAAGUGAUGUUUGCAGUGCUUGUAAUAUUGAUUAGCUGGUGAUUCAAAGGAGUCGAAGCGACGGUAAUUUCAUAUAUAAUAUGUCAUAUUUUAUUCUCGAUAUUCCAAAUCAACGUGAAUUAGAUUAUAAUGUACAAAUACCAUUUAUAAAUUGGAGGUGAUUUAAUUUUAACCAUAUUAAUAUACUGGAUAAAACUUAAAUUUAACACGAAUUACGUGCACUGCAGGCAUUCGCGGUGUUAUCAUUAAUUUCAAUUAAUUUAUUUAUAGUGAAGUCAAGUCACUUUAGCCAAUCUAAAGCUGAGCUUGUUUUUCACAUAGCUGCUAUUUUCAAGGUACAUUCGUUUUGCUAAAUAAAAAUAUCAUGGAUUAUCUCCGUACUGAUAAGCUGAGCAUAAAUAAAUUGUGUUUCCACUGCAGGUAUGCGUGUAGCUAUGUAUAGCUACUUCAAUAAUUAAAUUAUUAUAGCGUCGAUAGUUUUAGGUUUAAUUUUUUAAUUCCUACAAUACGUUAGAUUUAUUGGUCAGCACAAAAGUAAUAUAGUAAUAUGCCGCCACGUUGGAUAAAUUCAUCGGAAAAUCCAUUUGAAUUGAAGAGGGGAAUUAAAAGAGGCUGUAAGUGGCAUUUUUGAAAAAAAAAAUUACUCACAAAACACUGGCCUUGUAACGUACAUGCUUUCUAAACAAAAAUUUCUUCAUAAACAAAUGUCAUUCACAACCUUUUUCAAUUCUUCUCUUCAAUUAUUGCGAGGCUACACUUGAAAAUACAUUAAUAUAAUACUAAGUUCAUUGUUCUUUUUUUUUUUUUUGUCUUUUGUUUUUUGUAAUUUUUUUUCUUCACACUUUAUUCCUUAAGAUUUAGAAUUAUAGUAAAUUUAGUUAAUUUUAUUACCGAUGAACAUAGGUCAUAGCCACUUAUUAUAUACCUUUGCACUGUAAGUCAAUCUCUCACGAGCUUCGGAAAGUCAGACGUAUAAGCGGGUUUUCCUCUUUCUCUCUCUCUCUCUCUUUUUGACAAUAAUGUUUGUGUUGAAAAUGAAAUAAUUAAGAUAGGUGAAUUUUUGUAUUACGUGUACAAUUACGACUACACGAGUGUCGUAUAUAAUAUAUAUUAAUAUA